UAGAAUGAGAACAAGCAACAGCAUCAAUAUGCCGCGGUUAUGAGAUUGUUCCUCCCUGACAAAGUGAAAGAAUCACAACUGCAGUGCAGUGCUGAGAGAAGUGGGACACAUGGAGGAACAGGUGCAGCGCCACUAGAAGUCUGAAACUGGUGGAUCAAGGCAGAGAUCCCAGAUGCAUAGAUCUGGAGGAGAGAUACAGGGAUCACCUUGAAAACAUACAGCAAACAUCUCUGAGGCUGGCUCACAAACUGAAGGCUGAUCGGCUCCAACAGGAAGGGCGUCUGGCUAUCCUGCGUGAGAAAGCAAAGCUAGAAGCUCAAGAGAGCCAGAGGUCUUUGGAUGAGUUGCUCAAGCAUCAGUUAGCGGGGCUGAAUGGCUCCCAAGCCAGAUGCACUGUGAGGGCAAGACUGAAGCAUGCUAAGCAAGACCAGACAGAAUAUCAAUUUGAAGGUGAUCCCAAAAGAGGUGAUACAGCCGAGGACAGCGUUAGGGCACGGUCUCCAAAACACUCUGCACUGAAAACUGAAAUCAACUGCCACGUGAUGGAUGCCAUAAAAGCCACAGAGAGAAAAUCCACUGGGGAAAUGAACCUGGAUUCCUCAACCCAGCAACAAGGAUCCCUGUCUGCACAGCAUGGGGACUCUUUGCACACACGUCAAUCCUUGAAUCCUUUGCCUCCUUCAGUAAAUCAGCCCAACAGCAAGACACUCACAGCAGAUGAUUCAGGAGACAGCAGCAAACAAAUGGAUUCCACAAGCCAGUGGAGUGAAGUCAGUCAGUUCUAUGGAGGGUCCAGCACCUUUUGCCGUUUUAGUUUGACAAUGGCUGAGCAGUACUUGAGGGAAGAAGAACUACGAGCCCGGCACCAGACUGCCCUCCUUCGACUCAGAGAAAAAGCCCUUCAGGAGAAAACCAAGGCAGAGCUGGCCUGGCUGGAGCAUCGGAAAGGCUGUCUGGAUAAUCUGCGAGACAGUGAGGAAGUGUCUGCCAUAGCUGAGAAGCAGCACAAAAUCCUAACCAGGCUGAAGCAAGAACAGGUGGAAAUCCAGCACCUGCGAAAUAUCUACAGGGCAGCUCACCAGGAGAGAAAGCUGCUAUUAAAACAGCAGAGAGAAAUCUUACUAAUGCAGCAGUCAACAGCACAACUCCAGCGGGAGCUGCAUGGGUUGGCACAAGGGCCACAGUUUACAAACAGCUCAGCAGACGUUGAAGAAGCAAUAAAGCAGAAGAAGACUGGGACAAUUUCCAGUCCAGCAAUAUCCUCCAUGCCAGCAGAAGCUACAGCAUACUCACAAAGGCCAGGUCUGUCAAGGAAUGGAAACAGUUGUGCCCAGUUAAAUAAUACACUGAGCAGGAAAUACAAGAGCUUUCCUACUGAGAAAGAGAAAACAUCGCUGCAAGGCAGGCAGCAGGCAGAGGUGCCUCAGCGGUGGAAGCAAUGGUCAGGUGCACGAGACCCCGAAGUGUUUGAAACAAUGGCCAAGGAACCAGGUGAUUCCAGUGAUCGAAGCACAGACCCACUUGUGAUGGAUAAAGACUCUGAAAACACAGAGAUUAAUGAUAGGUGUCAUGCUCUCUUACAUUUGGAACACACAAAUUCAGCCGAAAUGGAUGAAGCUACACUCACCCCUGUUCCGAUAGAAGACAAACCCCAUGAAUUUCUUGAUUACGAUCAUAAGGAAAAGAAGUUUGUUUCAAACCGAGCACUAGCCCCUAAAGACAAUGAGGAUAUUAAUUCCCAUGACAGUAAUGCUACCUCAUCCUCAGUGGAAGAAUUAGAGAGUGAUACACUGACAAUGGAAAAGGUGCACAGGGUGCAAGGAGGAAGCCAAGAGACUGCAGGAGAAGACGAAGGCUCAUGCCAUCCAUAUAAGGCUAAUGAUGGUGACAGAGGGUCAAGGUUGAUUUCAGAUGGAACCUCAGCAGUGGAAGCACAGACAGGAAAAGGAAGGCGGUCAGAGGAGCAGAGGACAAAUGUGAACUCCAAACGAGACUCGGACAUCACUUACAUGGGUGUAAAAAAACUCCAGGGGUCUGAAAUCCUUCCACUGCAAGAUGUUCCAGUCAACGAAGAAGCGAAAGUAUCUGCACCAUAUGAGAAAAAUCCUGCUGAGGACAACCAGUUGAUUAAGCAUGUGGACAACGAUCCGUGUGAUCCCUCUGAUGAAGAGCAUGCUUUGAAAACAUAUUCAGAGGGACUAGGGUACACAGAAUCAUCCACUGAAUCACACGACUCCUCUCUGAGAUGUGAGAGUGUAAACUCAUACCACUCCCUCCCUGAAUUUCACAAAGUGACUGCGGUUCGGAUCGACGUCUCAGAAAGCUCUGUUUCAGACGCUGAAUUAGAAGCUGAGGACACAGAUAUCAGCCUCCCUGAGGAGUUUACCAUCCAGCAACAACUGUAUGGUGGCGAUGAUGCUGAUGCGUUUCCUAACCCUUUGACAAAGGCACAGAUAGCAGUAAGUGACGGAAAUGAAUUAUUAUCCAGUGAUAUAUGUGAUGAACAAGUGCCCCACGAUGAUUGCAAUCGUGAGGCCUCAUCGCUCUUUCAUGGCUCUGAAAAACGUCUUGGAGAUGUUUCAGAAUAUGAGUGUGCUUAUGAAUCACAUUCUGUCACUUCCUCAAACAGCGAAAAGCCAAUGCUAAGUGCCUCAGGGAGAGAAGAACCAUUUUCCUUUCAGUUCGAUAACACUGCUAAUGGAAGGAGCAAGCCGUACUUGGAAGCUUCAGCUCUAUUGCCUUGCUCAGAAAACUGCCGUGUAAACAAGAUCCCCUCUCAGGGAAAAUCUGAGCAGCAUUCAGAUUCAUCAUCCAGCUCCUUAUUGUAUAAUGUCGAUUUUUGUACUGAGGAGACCUUUGAACAACAGGAUUCCGGAACUAGCAAAGCGGAAAAGGAUGGUGAAAGUUAUGGUUUAUCUGUUGGUCAGAGUAAAGUAGCGUUCACGUGGUUUCCAUCCGAAAGUUCCCUGAAGCACCUAGAUGCUGUUUCUGAGCAGUUCAAUAACUGUGUAUUGCUUCCACCUAAAAAAUCCAUGACAAAUGAACAGAUGCCAUUGUUUCCUGUAGACUCUUCACUAGCCUCCAGAGACUUGUCAGGUUUAGAGGAAGCUAAAACUAAUCAGACAAAACUUUUAACUGAAGGACACAUAUCCAACAAACCAAACGAAAUUGCAUCGCCACACUUAUCAAUGCCCACAAGUUCUGAAGAGGCUCCUAGAGAAGCUGAAGUCAGUUCAUUUGACACACAAACCUUUCAAACGGUGGCUGCACAAAAUCAAAAUAACUCAGCAAGAGAAGGACAAACCUUCAAGAAACCUGAGAUGGUGCCACUUUGUUCUAUCACCUCCAAAAAGCAGUUGCCACAAGCGAGGCGCUGCCCUUCUGAGAGUGAAGAUGAUAUGAUUUUUAUCAGUGAUGAGGUUCCGCCUCCUAUUGAUAAAGAUACCUUGUCAGAAAUACUGUCUCCUGUUGACGAAGUGCUAUCCUAUGGAAGUGUUGAUUUACCAUCAUCUAAUAAAAAGGAUUUGUCAUUGUACAGUGAGGACCUUCCCACACCCCCAGAAGAGGUAGGUGGCAUAAAAAGUGGGGACAUUAGCUUCAGCACAGAAGACUUCCCUUCUCCACCAGAACAAAUGACAUUCUCCGAGAUGAGAGAUUCACACUAUUCUCUGAAUGAAGAUGUGUCAGGACAAACAGACGAGUUACCCUCGUUAGGUGAUAGCACUAUACCUGAAGAAUUGCCCCCGCCAUCUCCAGAGUUAAUGGAUGUUUUUUCAGCUCAGGACAGGACUCUCUCUGGAUGUUGUUCGGGUAAAGAAAUCAUUUCAGGCGGAAAGGAGGACUUAUUAGAACAUGUGACAGCGGAAAACGAGACAACAUUGCAGCCAUUAGGCUCACUCUGUAUGUCAAGUCCCACUUCUUCAGAACAAGCCAUUAAAAGGCCGGAACAUUUAAAGAAACAAAGCAAGCCAUUUUUAACGCUGUCCAAAGCUCAGGAAGAUCAUGAUGACCCAUUAUUAUCAUUUGAAGUUGGAGACAGAGUAUUAGUGAAGCACAUCCAGCCAGGUACGCUGAUGUUCAAGGGAUGUACCUCUUUCGAUGAAGGUUAUUGGGCUGGCGUGGCACUUGACAAACCAGAAGGUGAUCAUGAUGGAACUUAUGGAGGAGUGAAAUACUUCGUGUGCGCUAAAUAUUUUGGCAUCUUUGUCAGACCUGAUCAAAUUUCACAUCUCUUGGAGGAUAAUGAAAAGAGUUCUGAUUACUCCAGGGAUGAAGACUCAUUCUCUGAUGAUGGAUCAUCCAGGGGGGACUACAAAUGUGCUGUUGAUAACCAGCAGGGAACAGGAUAUACAGAGCAGAAACCUGAAGACACAUACAGUGCACGAGGUUCAGCAUUGAAAGAAAACAAGUCUAGGUCACAUACGUCCAUGCCAUCAGGAAAAGAGCACAAAGGACAGUUUCCUACCAAUGAGCAGUAUAUAUCUAAUGAAUUCACUUGUCAAGCUGACUUUGUAUGUUUAGAAUCAGAGAAGGAAACAAGAGAGCUAACACAGAGAAAGAAAGAGACAAUUGCAGAAGAUGUGCUUCCAGUGAGAAAUAAAGACAGUAACACAGAAGAAGUAAACAAGAGCAAACGCAUUAGUUGCUUGUUGAAAGAUCAAGAAAGAAAUAAACUGGCUGAUGAUAUCUCAAGCGAGCUCACAAAAAAACUUUUGUAUGACACUUUAAGUGCAUUUUCUGAUACAACCGAACACAAAUAUAAGAGUGCCUUUGAAAGAGAACUGCGGAAUCAUGUUAAAGGCCUAAAAAAAGAAGGCAAUCACAGCACUAGCUUAUCAGAGCGAUCAGCUGAAGUUUUGGAUGUCUUACGGUGUGACUUUGACACACUUAGCAUUCAUGGGCCUCACACAGCACAAACAGUAGCAGAAAAAAUUGUAACUAAAUUUGUAGAUGAUGCAGUGAAAGAAUAUAAGAAAAUUAAAAGGAAACAAGGAGCUAAAGCAGACACGAUGUUUCACCUAUCUUCUGAGAUUCCUCAAGGCACUUUGCCAUUCCUUAUUAAGAUCCUCGAUGCUGGUGUUUUUGGAAGCUCUGAAGAUUUUGAUCAGCUCAAUUCUAUCCAACAUAGCAAGGAGAUAAAAACUCAAAGGCAAACUCAGCAUAGAUUAGAUCACUGGCACUCAGCUCCUUGGAAGAAAACAAUGGAGGUUCCUCUGGUGGUACCACAUAAUAGUUCACAUGUUAAGAUACUGUCUGCACAUGCAGUAGAUGAACUAUGGACGCCUCAAAACAUUUGUUCAAAUUCUAGGAGGAUCCAUGUGCCAAAGGAUUCUGAAUGUAAUGACAUCUCAGAUGACGAUCUGGAAGCAGAAAGCAAGAGGAUUUACAAUCAGGUUAUAUUUGAUUUAACUCACGAGCUGCUACACGCAGAAUAUCAGGUGACAGCAAAUCCAAAUCCUCUUCCAUGGCUCAAAGAAAAUUUGGAUUCUCGCUAUUACAGACAUAUUUGCAGAAAAGCAGAUAUCAGUGAGGUCAAGUCAUUUAUUCAGGGAGAAAUUAUUAAGAUAAUGAACUUGGAAAAGAACAGCUUGGAGAUGAAGAGGAAACUCCUUAAUAUGACCAAGUAUGGAAAUUGUAAAAGGGACCGAGUGGAUCUUAUUCUGAUUCAGGAGCUCCACAAAGAAGAAUCUCAGUGGACUGACUAUGCUGAGGAUGAAUUAGCUGUGAAGAUGAGAGUAACUGAAGAUAUUUUUGACAGCUUGGUCCUUGAUACAAUAAGAGUUCUUAAAAAGAUCUCUCUCAAAAGAACUUCUGAUUAGAUGUUUCUCUUAGAGCCCACAGUGGUGGAGGUUUUAAGUUCUGUGAGUUUCAAGGCAAUGGUUCCAUAAGCAUAUGCUUAAGAAUUUUCAUUCUGAACUUUGCAUCCAAUAACCAGCAUCUCCUGGCUAAGUUAUAUGUUCAUGUUCACAGUGAAAAGGGUGCAAACAAUUGACUUACGGGGAUGAAAAAAUAUCGCCCCCCCCCUUAUGCACUGUAGAUAAUGUCUUCAUGGCAGCCCCACAUAUUCUGCUCCAAAAGGCCAAGAAGGGGUCAGCCGAAAGGAGGGACCACCACAUCUGUGUUUAGGCAGAUCCUGUGACCCCCUACACACCUAUAGAGAGGCUGUGGUCAUUGUGGCAACCUACAGGCUGGAGUUGCAGUAGCAGUAGCUACAGAGGGGCUCACCAGCAGUUCUUCACUCUGACCCUGGAUUGUAGAAGUGGAUUUGAUUUCCUUAACCCCCUCCAAGCUCUCCCUAAUUUCUCAGGAUUUACACAGGUGGAACGGAUUUUGUUCACAUUUGACACCACGAUGCCUGCUCUCUGCACUAAUAUCGGCCCUACUGCUCAUGUCCCUUAGAACCAUGCUGUCCCCUCUGCUGGUUGUGCUAAACCCCUCAGUUUCUUGAGAUAUUUAAGAUUAAAUUGGAGAAAGCAAAAUGAGACUGGAGCAAGAACAUACUGUACAGAAUGCUCCUGCCCUGGCUGGGGUAGGCAAAUGAUCAAGUAAGUAUUUCUGUUUCAGUGUCUGUGCUCUUAUGUAAAUAAGACACAUACCAAUUGUCUGUACACUGUGAUGCACUUUAAAUGGGAUACUUCCUAUCAGCAGCCCAGUUUGAUGAAUGCUGUAUAUAUUUAUGCAAAUAAUUAGGUCUUUGGUAUGCAUUUAGCACAUGUGAGUUUGUUUGAAUUAUUAUAAUCCCCCUAAAAAGAAUGUAUGCUGAGCAUGUAUGACUUGCCUUGGGAUGGGCAAAAUUGGGAAACUGAGGAAGUAGAAGAGGAAAAUAGGAUGUUCACAUUCCUUGAUCCAGAUAAGGUUUCCAUGUGUGCCCUGUACUUGCAUUUUUUUCAUAUUCAGAGAAGGCCAAUGACUUUGUUACUGUUUUAAACAAACAUUGGCCAGUAGAGACUAGGGGUCUGAUUUGUUUGUAUAUGAUUUGUUAAUUGGUGUUUUAUUUAAUUUAUCAAUAUACAGAAAAUGCUUAAAACUGAGGAAUCAAAUAAUUAGUUCCAUUGAUUUAUUAAAUCCUACUCAUUCAGGGAAUCAAGAUAAUUAAUUUAAUAUAAAUUAUAUGUAACUGUUUAUAUUUAAAGCACAAUAUUUAAGAUUUGGAAUUGUUGGACAAGAUGUAAUGCAAAUGUAUUUUGUGUUAAUAUUUUUAAAUAUAGAUACUUCAUACUGCAGUUUUCAAAUUGAUUUGUU